AACAAACAACUCCAGAAUUGAAAUGACAUCAUUAUGCACGAAUUUCAAUUCCUGGAUGGCAGCACAGCUCUAAUUCCACUUCCACGCCGGAUCUCUAAAACAAGAAAGAGGGGGAGACUGGCAAAUAGACAACAACACCGGAUUGAGGAAAUUGACGAUGGCAUUCAAUGUGCAAAACAAACUUGUUUAAAGCUGACAGCAAUGCAGCCCGGCCUGCCUAAUUCCCAAUCACAUCUAAGAAGAGCGCAGCUCCUCCCCGGUGCGCAACAGAUCAGGAUCGCACACAGUGUGUUCAGUAUCGAAUUAAGUCAUGCAUUUAUACGCAAUUACAGUGUUUGUCUUCUUGAUGCUCAGAGAUGCUGACGCUUGGGGUCUGGCUGGUAAAUACGCAGUGAACUGUCCGGAGAAAUGUAACGCGGCCAUGUGCGGCUCGACGCAGCGCUGCAGGCGCACGGUGUUGGAUGACUGCGGAUGCUGCCAGGUCUGCGCCGCGGGACGGGGAGAACACUGUUACCGAACCGUGUCCGGGAUGCACGGAGUCAAGUGCGGACCGGGGCUCUUCUGUGACUUCUACAAAGAUGAGGAUGAUUAUGGAGAUGAAUAUGGCAUCUGUAAAGACUGCAUGUAUGGAACGUACGGUAUCGAAUGCAGAAAAACAUGCAACUGUAAAGCAGGUGGACUCUGUGACAGAGAAACUGGAGCUUGUUUGUCUUUUAAAUUUUUGGCUAAAAUGGCCAAAGUUAAAUCCCAGGCAAGCGAAGGUAAUGAGCUGGGCUCAGGUGACUCCAGAUCAGAUACCAACAGCGACAGAUCAUCCGCUCGUAAUUUCCUCACCCCUCGCUGACAGCAAUUCACUAAUCUUCAUUUAAACAGUGUACAUGUAGCAAAAUAAAUUAAAGGACCAAACUGAUAUAUUUUAAUAUGUUUUAAAUAGCAGAAGAUGAUGAUUAUAUUGUUUUAUUUGGUAUAUCUUACAGAUAUAUUUUAAAGACAUGUUAUGUCUUCAAUCCAAAGCGUUUCCAGCAUGCAUUGUGAUGCAGAUGUACUCUCAUACACAUGCACACCGGUUUCUUAGACUAGUCUUACAGGAUAGUCAUCCAAUAUUUUUCUUCAUAAGUUAUAACUUUUUAGGUAAAUUGGUCUAAUUUGAAUCUGAAAAAUCACUGCUAGUUUGAUACUUCAUGACUAUAUUACAAAUCAACAUUUAACAGUAUUUAUAUAAUCAUAUUUAAUGACAAAAACAUUUAUGUAUGAGGCUCAAAGCAAAGGAUGAACAUUAGGGUCACUGUUUCACUGAUAUGACAUCACACAUUUGACCACAUGGCUCUGUAUCAUUUGUAUCAAGGAGAUGAUUUUAAGUUAUGUACUGUAUAUUUUAAUCUGUGUUGUAUUAUGAGGUGAUGUUUUGAUGGACAUAAUAUUAAUUCUUAUUUCUGUUUAUAUGAUAUUUAAAUUAAAGAGAUAUCAUUCUA